CGCGUACCUAGAAUUAUAAUCAUAAUUAAUAUGGACUUAUCUUUCUGUGAUCAAACACCUAACAAAUGGACCUUUAACAAGAUACUAUCGAUUCUCGAGCGAAUGAUGUUGAAAGCAUUGAAGUGGCAGGUGGGGCACUAUACGUAGCAGACCAGACCGUCUCAGGGGAAAUAGUGGAAAUGAGGUAGGGGUCAUGGCGGGGUAAGGUUGGUAGCUCUUGCAAGAAGGUAGGGAAGAAAGUAAGGUAGUCGUGUGAAGCUUCAAUUGACAAGCUUGUUUAGUCACAACUUUCACCGUUUCAAACUCUUUUUCUACUUCUUUUCCAUUUUUUUACUAUUAUUCAAUUGAAUGAUAACUUGGGCGAAAAUAUAACGAAGGGAAUUGGUAUACUAAGAACCUACUCGAAUUUUCACUAUGGCCGACGAUAUUCCCAUUAUCGACGCCCACAUCCAUCUUUUCCCCGAAUCAGAGCUUGACACUUUAGCGUGGAGUAAACCGGACAACCCACUGUACAAGCAGCACUCAAUAGAAGAGUAUAGGGCCGCAACCGAGGGUUCAACACCUAAAGGCUUCAUCUUCAUAGAGACAGACCGGAAGAACGACCUAGCAGCCGGGGACAAAGAUGGAAGCGGGUGGAAAGACCCAUUAGCGGAAGUGUCCUGGGUGAAACGCAUUAUUACCGGGCAACCGAAACCGGGUGAGGGCCAUACCAAAGACGACGCCUCGUUAUGCGUGGCGUACAUCCCAUGGGCGCCCCUACCGAGCGGGGUUGCCGCUAUGGAGAAGUACAUCGAAUUGGUGAAGCAAGAGGCCGGUGAGAGCUGGUCCAAGGUCAGGGGCUUUAGGUACCUGCUACAGGACAAGCCAAACGGGACCAUGUUACAGGAUAACUUCAUCGAGAGCUUGAAGCUCCUGGGCCGCUUGGGCCUCGUAUUCGACUUAGGUGUCGACCAGCACAACCGCGGUCGGGCCCAACUCGAAGAAGUCGUCGAGAUGAUCGACCGAGCGCACGAAGGCGUGCCUGAGGACCAGCGUGUUACAUUCAUAAUUAACCACAUGUGCAAGCCCGACCUAGCCAUCUACAACGUUCAAACCAGCCCAUCCUUCAUCGCGUGGCGUACGGCUAUCUUCACGCUGAGCAAAUGCAGCCGCACGUACAUGAAGCUAUCGGGCGGGUUCUCGGAGAUGCCCGAGGCCCUGCGUCAGCGCUCCGCCGAGGAUAUUUUUGAUGCCGUGAGUCCCUGGCUCAGCGUUGUGCUCGCCGCCUUCGGCGCCAACCGCAUCAUGUUUGCUAGCGACUGGCCUGUAUGCACCGUCGGAGUUGGCGACGACGCCUGGAGGAAGUGGAAGAAGAUCGUCGAUAGAUUGUGCUGGAUGGCUUCGUUUGAGGAUGAGGAGAAGCGCGCUAUUUUGGGUGGUACGGCGUUGAAGGCUUAUGGCAUUGAGGCGUGAUGUGAUGACGAAUGAGAUGGAAUGAUUAAAACACCGGGUAUGAAAGGAAAGCAAGGACAAAAUUAGUCAAAAGGUAGAAUGUUUAUACUAUAUCUUCGCGCUAUGGUCGCGUACGGUAUACAUAUAUCCCCAAAUCUAAUUAAAAAUUGUUCAAGACUUAAAUAUCUAUU